UGUGGAUCUCUGUGUGGCCUCUACCACAGUCCCAAGAUGCUGAUGAAUAUCUUAACACAAAGCAAAGUCAUCACCUAUGCUGAUUGUCUUGCCCAGAUGUACUUCUUCUUGGUUUUUGCUGGUUUGGACAAUUUCCUCCUCAUGGCAAUGGCCUAUGACCGUUUUGUGGCUAUCUGUCACCCUCUACAUUACACAGUCAUCAUGAGCCCUAGGCUUUGUGUCCUCUUGCUGCUGCUCUCCUGGAUCUUAAGCCUUCUAAAUUCCCUCCUUCACAGUCUGAUGGUAACACAGCUCUCCUUUUGUACAGACCACACAAUUCAACAUUUCUUUUGUGAUCUUCCCCAGGUUCUGAAACUGUCUUGUUCUGACAACCUUGUCAAUAAUGUCUUGGCAUAUAUGUUAGCUGGAUUGAUUGGUAUUGUCUCCAUCACAGGGAUAUUUUUCUCUUAUAGUCAGAUCUGUUCUUCCAUUUUGAAAGUCCCAUCUGCUGGGGGUAAGUAUAAAGCCUUUUCUACUUGUGGAUCUCACCUUUCUGUUGUUUCCUUAUUCUAUGGGACAGGGCUUGGAGUCUAUUUCAGCUCUUCAGUUAUCCAUUCUUCCUGGAAGAGCACAGUUGCCUCAGCAAUGUAUGCUGUUGUUACCCCCAUGUUGAACCCCUUCAUCUAUGCCCUGAGGAAUAAGGACAUAAAAGAUGCCCUUAGGAAGGUCAUUAGUAGAAAAACCUCCUUUCAAUAA